AUGGCAGCAGAACAGCUAGAGCCAUGGCACAAGCUCGACGACAAGGUCGUGUUGGUAACCGGCGCUUCCUCCGGCCUCGGAUGCGACUUCUGCCUCGAUCUCGCUAAAGCCGGCUGCAGGAUUGUCGCCGCUGCCCGCCGCCUCGACCGCCUCCACUCCCUCUGCUAUCAAAUCAAUAAUCUAUAUGGAAACGGAACCGUCCGUGCCGUGGCUGUGGAACUCGACGUCUCCGCCGAUUCCGCUACCAUCGAUAGGUCCAUUCAGAAGGCAUGGGACGCCUUUGGCUAUAUUGAUGCCUUGAUUAACAAUGCUGGUGUGAGAGGAAGUGUUAAAUCUCCCUUGAAUUUGUCUGAGGAGGAAUGGGAUCAUGUUCUCAAAACUAACUUAACUGGUUGCUGGUUGGUUUCAAAAUAUGUAUGCAAACACAUGUGUGAUACCCAGCGAAAGGGAUCAAUUAUUAACAUUUCUUCAACUUCUGGUUUAAAUCGGGGACAACUAAGUGGGGCUGUUGCAUAUGCAUCUUCAAAGGCAGGCGUCAACAUGCUAACAAAGGUCAUGUCUUUGGAAUUGGGGGUACACAAAAUAAGAGUGAAUUCAAUAUCCCCUGGAAUUUUCAAAUCUGAAAUCACUGAAAAAUUAUUAGAAAAAGCUUGGCUGAAUAAUGUAAUCACUAAAAUAAACCCGUUAAGAAGUUUGGUUGCUUCAGACCCUGCAUUAACAUCUUUGGCUCGUUACCUGAUUCAUGAUUCUUCUGAAUAUGUUACGGGUAAUAAUUUUAUUGUUGAUUGUGGAGCAACCUUACCUGGUGUGCCGGUUUAUUCUUCUUUGUGA